AUGCCCGCUUCCUCUGCUGCUGCCCUUGCCGCGCCAUUGCUGCUCAUGGAGCUGCUGGCCGCGCGCGCCUCCGCUGCCCGUCGGCGGUCCCCGCCAUUGGCCGCCGCCCGCUCGCGCGCUCACCCCCACCACCGCUCCGGCUCGCAGCUACCGCGCUCGCGUCCCCUAUCGCCCCGCCUCCCGCCUCUGCUCUCCGCAGCCGUCGAGCCCCGCCUCAACUGCUCCCUCGCUGCGCCCCCAUGCCGUGCCCUCCCGCGCUCAGGCUUUCCCCUGCUGCUCGCCCCGGGCCUCUGCUACGACGCCUCCCCUGGCCGCCCGCAUGGCUCCCCUCCGCCGCGCCGCGCCUGCUCCGGCCGGCCAUGCCCGCCGAGCCGCGCCGUGGCUGCGCCGGCUCUGCCCACCGCUGCCGCGGCUCAACCCCACCGCGCCUCACCGACGCCCACUGCCGCCGGCUCCGACCAGCUGCUGCCGCGCUAA